AUGAGAUACAGGAUCGCUGACCUCAAGUUCUUCAGCUCCUCUACCGAACAAUCGAAAUGCAUAAAUAUCCUCAAGGGCGAGCCUUCCCCCGAUUCAAAUGUCUUAAAUCGGCAUACUAAUCCUCUUGGGUAUGCUCCAGGAAGGAUAACUGCGGAUGGCAUUGAUCGUCCAACAGAUGGCCGAACGGCUAUGCCGAAAGAACUACAAAUCAAAAAGAAUGCAGAGGCACUUGCGACUCGCCAGCAAGCUGCAUUUCAACCAAUGGAUGUCAAGGAUGAGGAGAAAUAUGAGAGUGAUGAAGACGACGUGAAUCUAUUUGCCGGAACACAUUUUCACCAGUUGAUCACAACCAAAAAGAGUAUAUGGUCUCUUACUGGAGUAUUCGGAAUGAAAAUCAAAUCCUCCACUAGAGCAGCAGCAGGAUUUGGACCGCCAGCUUCGUUGACUCUGAAUCGAGGCAGAACUGCGAUCUCUCAGCCUCAUCCGCUACAAGAGACAAUGAGAAGUCACGAGUCUAGUGGUGCCGUGACGGAAUCAUCAGAUGAAGAUGACCUUGAUGGGCCAGCUUAUCGAGGCCCUGCAUCUACAAUGGCAGCUGAGACCAAAAGGGCAGAAGCAAAGAGGGAAACAUCUCGGAUACAAAGGACUACAAGCUCUAAGAAAGAUACGCAGACGGAUGCCACAAGGACCACGGUGGAAAAACGAAAGCUGUCGCCGGUCCAGCAGAGCAAAAAACCGACUUUGGGUUUCAAGUCAAGAAUGCAAUCGUUGUUUGAUGACCUUGAUGAGCUGCCAGAGCCACCAGAAUCAAAUACGUCUAUAUCUGACAAGAAAAAGGGUCACUCCUCUGCGAGCAAGACACCCGAGAGAAGUCCCGCUGAAAACAAUCUGGGGUCCAAAAAAUCCCGCUCACAUAACGUUCCGACAUUUCUGUUGUGA